AACAGCAACACGAGCGCGUGUCUGUCCAAUCAGGUGUUUGAUGCCUGGUGCUGGUUCGGGUGGUGGCUCAUAUCUUCAGAGAGGAAUCCUGUGUUGUUAUUCAAGAUGCAGUUCAUGCUUCUGUUCAGUCGACAAGGCAAGCUCAGGCUUCAGAAAUGGUACGUGCCUUUGUCUGAUAAGGAGAAAAAGAAGAUCACCAGAGAGUUGGUGCAGACAGUCCUGGCUCGAAAGCCCAAAAUGUGCAGCUUCCUAGAGUGGAGAGACCUGAAGAUUGUGUACAAGAGAUACGCCAGUUUGUACUUCUGCUGUGCCAUCGAGGACCAGGACAACGAGCUCAUCACACUGGAGAUCAUCCACAGAUAUGUGGAGCUGCUGGAUAAAUACUUUGGCAGUGUUUGUGAGUUGGACAUCAUUUUCAACUUUGAGAAGGCCUACUUCAUUCUCGAUGAAUUCUUGUUGGGUGGGGAGGCUCAGGAGACGUCUAAGAAGAAUGUAUUAAAGGCCAUUGAGCAGGCUGACCUGCUGCAGGAGAAUAUAGACUUUCAGAUGCGUCUGUUUGCAGGAUGCCAAAGAAGCAGAGACCCCGCGCAGCGUGCUGGAGGAAAUCGGUCUGACAUAAACAUGGCGCAUCAACAUCCACUUGCUCCACAUGCACCCAUCUGCCAGCUGCUCUGCUGUAUGAAGCCGACACUAACUCCAAUUUACCUUUGAGCUCACACAACCUUGUAUUACACACAAACAAACACACACACACACACAUACAUACGGUGGGCAUUGUUUUUCCUUUGGAUCUGUUUUCUUUCUUCUCUGAGACAAUGUUGCACUAUCUCUCCAUGUCCUGCUGAGUUAUUUAUUUGGUCAGUGCGAUGAGGUUAAUUGUUAGCAAAGAAAAACACGGCAUCGUUCAGCUCUUCAGUCCAGUCUGAGGAACUGCUUAAUUUUAAUCCCAAAGCUGAUGGAGAGAUUCUAGACUUCAGAAUGUGUUCUAAAAAAGAGACUGAGAUAAUAUUGUAAAGGGAAGUCAAAAGUAUUGCAUCCACAAAACCAAAGAUUGACGUUUCAUCUUGCCUCACAAUGCAUUGUGAUGACCAUGAACUUGAUGACAGUUUCAAGCACAACACCUUUGGCGUUUGAAAUCAAACGGCUGUGAAACAGAAAAUGUUGUGUGUCAUAUUUCCACAGUUUACAGACCCUCAUCUAAUGUAUAGUCUGUUCUACCAGUUUCUAAUGGAAGGAUCCCACUUACUGUUGAAUGCCUUAAUCUCUGAUGGACGUCCAUUCAUUUCAAAUGAAAGAAUCUGUCCCAUGACUGCAUCUGCAUGUUACUGCAAUGUAGCAGGUUCUGAGUUUAUUUUAUCAAUGUGUUAUGUGCAAAUACAAGAAUCACUGUUUUAUUUCUUCAUGUUUACAACUGUGUUUAUAUUUUUUUGUUACAAAAACUAUUAGUGCACUUCAGUGACUUAAAAUAUCUAAUUUUGUAUUGUAAAGGCUUUAUGGCACCAGAUUAUUUCACUUGUGGCUGUAUUUGUAAAUUUUGGGCCAAAAGCUGGUAGAAAUAAGCAAGAAAACAGUGACAUAGCAGUGAAAUACAGUAUAAUGGCCUUUUUCAAUUGUUAAGCAGAUGUGGUACCAAAAUCUAGAUAUUUAGCAGCUCUUAGUCUGACAGGUCUACACAGGAUGUAUUCAGGAAACAGUAUUGAAGUUGUUGUUUACCCACAUUUUGCCAGGACACAGAACCCAAUACACAGACAGUAUUUAUGUGUGUAAAAUGCAGGAAAAAAAUGUCAUUUUCGAGAACAUAAAAUUACAUUUUGCGUCGCAUUUAAUUGUAUUGUGCAAAUAAUAUUUGAGCUGUUAAACAACUUGUGUAAAGAGCUGGACUGGUAUACAGGUUAAUCUGUUCUAUCAGACAUGAAAGUCCGGCGACUGAAAUUAGCCGUUUGGUUUGAAGCACAGUGGAUGAAGCUGACGUUGGAGUAAACAAAUGCCUGAUGCUGCUGGAAGUGAGGUGAUCGAGAAUGCUUAGACAUAAACAUACAAUAAAUAAAUGUGUGGCUGAUUUACCAAAACAAAGAGCAAAAAUAGGUUAAAAAGCUUCACUAAGCUAGCUGUCAGAUCUCUGCGGGUCAUUUUAGCUUUCUUUAACCUUUGAUUCUCAUUGGCACACAGAGUUUGAUGACCCCAUGUGAUUAUGAGCAAAGCUUCACCUUACAACUGAUCGCAGGUCUAAACAUGUGUGGUGUGCAACACCUUGAAAAAUACUCCUUAGGCCGUUUCACUGUUUACUCAAAACUGGUUGGGAUUUAACAUGAAAAUGAAUUAACUCUGGCCAAUGAUAGCGACACGUGUCAUAUUGUACAGCAUGUAAAAUACCUGUUUACUACUGUGACUCUGAUGAGAAAAGACAAAGUGGAAUCAUGCAUCAAAUAGCAAUAGUGUGAUAAACUGUAGAAGAGUUUUUUUAAUGUACUUAAUUAGUUUCCAGUCACAUGGAUGAGAACUUACAGAUACAUAAGAUGCCUUGAACACAUGACUGUGCAAAUCAACUGGAAUUCUUUGUGUAUUUUAUGUUCACCUUGAACUGUGUUUACAUCUUUAAGAAGCUGGUAUUGUUGUUUGAAACCAAAAUUGUUUAAAAUCUAUUUUCUAUCUACACACUUUAGUUGUUUUCUUCUUCUUCUUCUGUGUGUCAGUUGUUUUACAUGUUGAAACACUGAAAUGUCCUCCUCUAAUCACUAUAUACUUCAAAUGAGAAGAAUUUUCAUGUAAAAUUGAUUGUGUGCG